AUGGAGCGGCCCCGCUGGCCGAGCGCUUCCCGCGGCGGGAAGGCACCGCGGAAGAGGCGGUGUCCGUCCCCGCUGCCCGGGGCGGCCCCUCUCCCGGUUAGGGCCGGCGCCUCCCAGCCCUGCCGGCGGCGCCUCUUCGGGAGUGUGGGCCUCUGGCGGCCGGAGCCCGCCAGUCUGAAGGGAAAGUCCAGUUUGAAAACCCUACCAAAAAUUAAAGAAAAUCUUGAAGUCACCAAAGUGAGCAGUUCAUGCAACCAAAGCAAUCAAGUGAAUGUCAAAGAGACAACAGACUUGGAAAAAAAUGAAGAGAAAAUAGAAGAAAGCGCUGUACCACUGAAGGAAUCCCUGACAAUCAACUUUGAAAGUAAAGAAAGUUUGAAAAAUGAUGAAGUGACUUCAAGUACAGGAAUGACUCUUCCCACAGGUGUUUCAACCUUUCUCCUAGAGUGUUUAGAUGUAGACUCAAGUGCAGAUUAUAACACAGGUGCUAGUGUCAGCCUGAACAGUUUCUCAUCCCCCGAGACGUUCAGAGAUGAUGAUUCAGAAGAAAGAAGUAAUUUUCACCCUGAGAACAAGAACUCAACUCUCCUGGACUCCAGCAAAGCAGUGGCCAUAGAUAAGAUACCACAGAUCUCAAAUCUUUCAGCAAUAUUAGAACCUGUAGUGGAUGCUUUUCAAGAUCAAAACAUUAGAAGUCAGCUGUGGUCUUUGUCUCGAAGUGAAUUAAUUUGUUGGAAAUUUAUCACAGGAAAAAAAGUCUGUAAAAUUACAGCUGCAACAGAGGGAACUCCAGACCUAAAAACUGGUAUGCGCUGUUCUUCACCGUUAGGACCGGAAAGAAAGCCUGACAAUCAAACUGCUGAAACCAAAAAGCUGAAGUGUAAGAGAAAAGGAAGAAAACCCAAUACAGCAGGAGAAGGUUCAUCGUCGUUCCGUCAGCUCGAUGCCCCAGGAAAUGCUUCGGCCAAAGCAGGGGGGUUGACAGAAGUACUGCCACCCCAACGGACAGGGGCUGUGAUGCAGAGGAGUUCAACUAUGCUGAUCAUGGAGGAGAAUAAAGCCGUAAAAAACCUUUGUUUUUAUCAGCCUGUGAAGCCAGAUGCUGUGUGUGGCAGACCAAAACUCUGCUCCAUCAUUAGGACUUCUCCAUGCCACAGGCUUCGCCCAAUUCCAGUUAACACCCAGCCGUUCCGCCUUCCCGAAGGUCUGCCUGAAGAUAGUAUUACGAAUAUCAAAAAUUGGACCUGCUGUAAACCAAGAUGAGACAUCUACAUUUCAGCAGGACUCCACAGAAGAAAUAACUGUCUUGCUACUGUGGAAGGAAGGUGAAAAAGAAUUAAUAACCAGCAAUUAAUGGUUGUAUUUUUUUUUGGCAUGUACAUUGUUUGAAAUUUCAUAUAAUGCUUUGCAGUAAUAUUCCAGUACUUAAUAUUAAAUUAUUUUGUACAAGCAA